AAUCGUAGUAKUAGUAGUAGUAGUGUAUUGUAUUGUUGCCAUGGAAAAAUGUGGUCCGUCCCGGUGGGUGGAGCCGGGAAACGCGUCCGCCUACAUGGUGGGAGAGAGGCUGCUCAGGUUGGCAAAGGCACCGGUCAGCUGCGAGGAAUCCACGUCGUCGAACCGCUUCUGGUUCAGGUAUUGGUGGCAGGCAUCGGCCGUUCCGCGSCCCUCGUUGAUGGCCCACACCACCAGGCUCUGGCCGCGUCGGCAGUCGCCCCCGGCAAAGACCCCCUCCACGCUCGUGCGGUAGUCGCCGUACACCGCCUGGAUGUUGUUCCGCUGGUCGACGUUCAGGCCGAGCUCCUCCGUCACGUACGCCUCGGGGGACAGGAAGCCCAUCGAGAGGACCACCAGGUCCGCGGGCCACUCGCGCUCGCUGCCCUCGAUGGCCUUGGGCCCGUUCUUGGUCAUUUCGACGUCCUGCGUCACCAGGGCCUUCACGUUGCCCUCGUCGUCCCCGACGAGUUCCUUCGUCAUGACCGAGUACACGCGGGGGUCUUUUCCCGUCGCCGCCCGGACCUCGGCGUGGCCGUAGUCGAUGCCAAAGACACGGGGCCACUGCGGCCAGGGAUUGUCGCUCGCUCGCUCCAUCGGUGGCUGCGGCAUGAGCUCAAAGUUGGUCACCGAGUUGCASCGGUGGCGCAUGGAGGUUCCGAUGCAAUCCGUGCCGGUGUCUCCCCCGCCAAUGACAAUCACGUCCUUUCCUUCGGCGGUGAUCCAGUUGUCUUUUUCCCACUGGGACUCCAGCUUUCCUUCUUUUGUCAUUAGCAGCUUCUUUUGGUUGGCGGUGAGAAAUUCCUGAAAACCGGUGUGUUUGGAGGGAGACGGGACGAAAAAACAAAACRUGAACAUGAGU